UGCCGGGGUCUCCGAAGCCGCUGCUGGGGAGUGGGGAGGUAAACACGAUCAGCUGGUCAGUGGUGGCUGGUGAGUGGUGAGUGGUGAGCUACCCCGUAACUCCUCGCCUCCCCAGCCGCCACGUGAGGCCACCCCAGGCUACUGAGGUGAGAGGGUGUACCUACAAUGGUUGGCCUCAUGAUGGAGAGCCAGAGUGAAGAGACCACCAAGCCUUUGUCAGCCACAAGUGAUGGAACACAGCAGGAACAAGUCAUGGUGAAGCAAGAGGAGGAAGUUUUCAAAAAGCCAAUGUUGCCCAGCAAAGCUGAAAAAGUCUGCAGCAGGCGAGAGGGAGGGGAUGGUGCAGCAUCCAAGCCAGCCAUCAAGGUGGAGCAAGAGAGGGAAGACAGUGAUGCAGUCUUUAAGAAGCCUGUCUUGCCUGCCAGAAGGCAAGACAUCAAGUUAGAGGAAGAGGAGGAUGUAAUUUUCAAGAAGCCAAUCUCACCUGUUAAGCCUCAAAGACAGGACAUCAAAUAUGAUGAAGAAGAAGACAUAGUCUUUAAGAAACCUGUUUCUUUUAGCAAACCACAAAAACAAGCCUCCAAGGUAGAGGAAGAUGAGGAUGCAGUGUUUAGAAAGCCUGUCUUCAUCAGCAAGGCACAGAGACUGGCUGGCAAAGCAGAUGGGCAGCAGAAAGAAGAAGGUGAUCAAAUGUCAUCCUCAAUCACAAAAUCAUUGGCAUCCUUCAAGUCUCCUGCCCAGAAUUUGAUAGAGAAAUCUGCUGCUGUCCCUUACAAGGAGCCAAAAUGGGGUGGAGUGCCCCGAGACGGCUACAGCUUUGAGGUGCUGAAGGGCGGCGUCAUUGUGGAGAUGGUCCCCCUCACCCGUCCCUUCUUGGUCAUCGGCAGGCAGUCCCAGUGUGACCUGGUGCUGGAACACCCGUCCCUCUCAAGGUACCACUGCAUCAUCCAGUACCGGGCGGUGGAGGAGGAGGGAACACCUGCUGGCUUCUAUGUGUACGACUUGGGCAGCACCCAUGGCUCCUUCCACAACAAGCACCGCAUGAAGCCCCAAACCUACUACCACUUCAGGGUGGGACACAUGCUCAAGCUAGCCGGCAGCACACGCACCCUCAUACUGCAGGGUCCCGAGGAAGACCAAGAUCCGGAGUCUGAACUGAGUGCGUCUGAGCUGAUGGCCUUGGCUGCCGAGAGGAAGAAGAAACUUGAGAAGCUGGAAGAGGGAGAGGAUGAAGGCAGGACAGAAGGGGGAAAGAAACAGAAGAGGAAAGAGGAAGAAGAGAGCAAGAAGACUGGAGAGGAGGAUGAUACUGGCAUAAAUUGGGGCAUGAAAGAGGAUGCUGAGGAGGAAGAAGAGGAGGAGGGGGAGGAAGAUGAAGAAGGAAGGAAGAACCCUUUUGCCUCUGCCAGCGAGGAGCUUCACCUUGACGACCCGAAGAAGACCCUGAGAGGUUGGUUUGAGCGACACGGUUAUGAUCCGCCCAGCUACACCCUUGAGGAGAUUUCCCCUGGCUGCUGCCGGUGUUCAGUGGAGCUGCCAGUGGAGGCUCCAGGCAAGGCACAAGUGGUGGUGACAGUAGAGCAUCGUGGCCGCAGGAAGGAGGCUGUGGUGCAGUGUGCCAUGGAGGCCUGCAGGACGCUGGACCGCAGAAAUCUACUCCGGCAAGCCAAGUAUGAGGGCCACCAACACAGGAAGCGUGACUGGGCCGAGAAUGACUACUAUGACUCGGAUGAAGACGACUUCCUGGACCGCACGGGUGAUAUCCAGCGGCGGCGCCUUAAGCGGAUGAAGGCAACGCAGACAGCAGGCAAGGACGGCGAUGCAGAGAACUAUGACUCGCUGAUGAAGAAGUACACUAAGACCACAGAGGAACUUGCUGACCUUGAAGGUAAGCUUGCUGAAGCAGCAGCAGUGCAAGAGGCUAGCAAGGCAGGGAAGGGACAGGCUCCAGAGGAUGACCUUGACUCUUUCAUGCAUUCCCUCAAGUUCCAGGCACCAGACAAACACAAACGGGUGACAUGGAAGCUGCGGGCCAUCGAGCUGCGCAAGGAAGAGCUCAAGCUGCGGCGUCUGGUCAACAUUGCACGACCGCUUGGAAUCCCGGAGCUGAAGCCGUACCAGUCCCAGCACGGCACAGUUGCAGGAGGGAGCAGACCUCCACAGAGGCUGGGACAGGCUGGCUUUGGUUCAAGACUGAGGGGUUUGGCAAUGUCCACCACCGCACCCAAGGAACCAGAAUGCAAAGUCCACAAGAUCUUCUUAGAGGAAGAGUCCAAGCCUAAGCAAAAGCUGAAGAGGUUGGAUGAUGACGAUGAUAGUGAAGAAAUCAAAGCUGUGUCUAAGCAGCAAAGUCAGCCCCAGGAGAGAGGAGCAGCACCUCACCAGGAGCCACACCAGAGCAAGUCCAGCCCUGCUCCCAUGGCCAAACCUUUGCCUUCAUACCAACCACAAAAAAGUGAACCACAGAAGUAUGGUGGAGAGACAAGCCCAGACAAACUUUGCAAGGAGGUUAAGGACGAGGGAAGUAAAGAGGACAAACCCAAGCACAUUAAAUCAGAAGUAAGCAGUAGUGAGACUUUGAAGAGACCCCAAUCCCAGAGCCAAGACACCAGCACAGAGCAGAAGAGUCAGCCAGAAAAGAAGGCCAAAGUAUUGGGUCCUACUCUGCCUCCACACUUGGCACAGAAGACCAACCCUCAGAAUCCUACUCAGCCGAGGAAAAAAGAGAAGAGGAAGUACGAUGAAGAUGACCCCAACUAUGACACCUGGGUGCCUCCCAUGCAUCAGUCAGGAGACGGCCGCACUUCCCUCAACGACCGCCUCGGCUACUGAGGGGCAGCCUUCCACCCUCCUCUAAGUGAAGAGAUUAGUUGAAACGUGGAUGUGAGAAAAUAUACUCUUAUGGGUAGGUCCGGUGCGCUGGGUCCUCAUCUCCUUCAUGAUAUCGGCCACUCGCGGCCUCACAUCCAGACGCCCCAGGUCCCCACGCAGCAGCAGCAGUGCCGUCAGGUGGUCGCUGCUCAUGUCGGGAUACCUGCAUAGAACACCCUGUUACAGUAUUCAUGUGGAAGGCGUUAUGAAGCCAUUACUUGUAUAGCACUAGAACUGUGAUGGUUGUUAAGUGGUUAUUAAUAUUCCAGGGACAGAGGUCUUAGUUUGUAAACUUUGUAAAAAUACUGUCGGGAAUAUACUAUAGGGCUGUGAGUUGUGGAGAGAGAGAGAGAGAGAUUUUCAAUGGUUAUUUUCUGCUCAAUACAUAACUCAAUAAUUUGUCCUAAUUUAAUUUCUUCCAGUCACAUUAAACAUGCAUGAAAAAAAACACACACACAGAGCAAUAUUACAUACAGAUCACCACUCAUUCUUCACUACUACAGUUUGCUAUUAAACUCUGCAUACCUGUUACUAUUUCCAAACACUUUCCUGUCAUCUUUUCUGUCUUUCUGCAAUGUCUAUGUGCACUUAGAAACAUUUACCAUUCCAUCUCCCUUUCACAAAUAAAUACAUCAUUCAGCUUUCACAAAAACAUUCUUGCAGUCUCCUUCCUGUCAGCCUCAAUCAUGCCAUAUCCACACACACUCAAUGGCCUCCCUGCCUUGCCCUCCCUCUCUCCCUCUCUGCGCUGUGUGUCACUGUAGGAAGCAGGAGGAGGGACACCCAGCCAGCCUCCUUGCACCGUCCUUUCAAGUCACCUUUCUUGACACUAGGAAUAAAGAGAUGUGCUCUUUAUUCCCAUGUCUCAGGGCUGGCUAUACAGUAUAGUUAUUUAUUUAGGUUUACUGCAACAUGUAAUGGACUUUGCUCUGCCAAUGCCUAGUAAAAAGAGUGGAGAGAAAAAUAUCCUCCUUUGUGCCCCCUCAGGAUCACUGGGUGUGAGAUGAGCCUGCUAACCACAGCACAACCUACACACAUGGAACACUCAAUUACUAUGUGCAAGUAGUGUUGUUAACCUUUCUCUUAUGUAUUACAGCUUGACAAAUGACCAAUUCUAGCCACACAUCAUCACUGAUCACCUACUGAGGGACCAGACUGACCCGAACUCAUCUGUCUCCACCUCUCAAUGCCUGUUGCUUCAUGUCUUGAGAUGCAGCACGACACACACACACACACACACACACACACACACACAAUGGAGAAGUGGAAUGCAAUGAGUGAUGAAGUUGUUACAGCACAUAAUGUGCAUAACUUUAAAGAAAAUUUGGAUAAAUGGAUACAUGGAGAUUAAGACACUAUGAGCCCUGCUUGAACCUGGUACAAUACAACUAGGUAAUGCACACACACACAUACCUGAGAUAUAAAAGAUAUAUAGAUGAGGACAAAAGUUAAAGGCAAUAUAUUUUGUUACAUUAAAUGAAAGUCAAGUUAUCCAUUAUUAGGACUGCCUUGAUAUGAACCAACCUAGAGAAUCAUUUAGUAGUACUGUUCACUCCACAGUAUGCAGUUUUCCUAUGCAAAUAGUUACACUCUCAAAGUAAACUAAGUAAUUUCAAUGUAUCUAAGAAGUAAUGGCAGACAGGGAAAAAGUAAAUACAGUGUGAUGCAGCCACACAGGAAGCAACUGUUGAUUCAGCCAUCUGGUGCUAACCUGUUCAAGCCUUUGUCACUUUAAGGCACAUAUGUAUUACAACACACUGGAAAUGCAGAGAUACAUCUGCUGUGUCCCAUGUCCCAUGGUGUGGUGGGGCUGGCAGUGUGCCUCACCACCCAGCAUGACUGCAGUACCACACCCCAGUGCCACCACAGUGUAGCAGUCCAUAGGCUUUUCAUGUCUCUAUGCUAGUAUAUUUUCAUCCAUAUACCUAUAUUUAUUUUCAUAAAUAAUGAAGACUA